AUGUCCACCUCAAGCCAAUCGAUCUCUGUUCAACAUUCAAAUCCCUUCGACCAUCUCAUACUUGAAGCUGAGCAUUACAAAGAGGCUCUGAACACUUACUUUCAGACCCUGCCUGAUUCCGAGGUUAGGGAGAAAGGUAAAUAUAUUGUAUUGGAAGGCCGAACCGUUGUACCUGGUGGAAAAUACAUCGACAUCGUAAAGAAGUUGGAACGUGGGUUAAGAAAGGCCAAAGAGUGGAGUGACGAAACCAACUCUCAGCUGGCAUGGGUCAACAAUGAAAGAGGAACUUUCGGAAAUACUCUCAAAGAUGGUGGAUUAGAUGAUAUCGGAGCCAGUGGGGUGGUCGACUCAAUUUGGAACGCAAGUCUGACUGCUGGUACGACCGCACCGAACUCGACUGUCAUUCCAAGCUCGAAUGACAGAUGCCAAAGACUAAGUGCGUAUAUCACAAACGAUUUGAAUGUUUGGUGUUCUCAGAGGAAUGAAAUGUGGACAAGACUUGAUAGGGGCUUGGCACAGAUAGAUGCUUCUCUCAAGUCUAAGGGGUUAAUUCCUUCUGACUUCGAUAGAAGGUCACUUAAAUAG